AUGGCUCCGGUGGGAUUACCUCCAGGCUUUAGAUUUCAUCCGACGGACGAAGAACUCGUAAACUAUUAUCUGAAAAGAAAGAUCAACGGUCAAGAAAUCGAGCUUGAUAUCAUCCCCGAGGUUGAUCUCUACAAAUGUGAGCCAUGGGACCUUGCAGAGAAGUCGUUUCUACCAAGUAGAGAUCCGGAAUGGUACUUUUUCGGGCCACGUGACCGGAAGUAUCCAAACGGGUUUAGGACGAACCGAGCUACGAGAGGUGGGUACUGGAAAUCAACCGGGAAAGAUCGGAGAGUGACGAGUCAGAGCAGAGCCAUUGGGAUGAAGAAGACUUUGGUUUAUUAUAAAGGAAGAGCUCCUCAAGGGAUCCGUACUGAUUGGGUUAUGCAUGAGUAUCGUCUCGAUGAUAAGGAUUGUGACGAUCCCUCUUCCCUCCAGGACUCGUAUGCAUUAUGUCGGGUGUUCAAGAAGAACGGAAUAUGUUCGGAGUUGGAAUCAGAACAGCAAUUACAAAUGGGACAAUGUAGCUUCACGACAGCGUCAAUGGAGAUCAAUUCGAGUAAUAAUUUCAAUAAUAAUAACGAAUACGAGACAAUGUCGCCGGAAGUGGGAGUAUCCGCCUGCGUGGAAGAAGUAGUCGACGAUAAAGACGAGUCGUGGAUGCAGUUUAUCACAGAUGACGCAUGGGACACGUCAUCUAACGCCGCAGCAGCUAUGGGACAUGGUCAAGGUGUUUAUUGACUAAUUAUAAAGAGCCAAAUUAAAGAGUAUUGGAGAUUUGGAGGCAAAAGAUCAAAGAGAAGAAUUAUAGAAAUUAUUGGGCAAAUAACGUAAAAACUUAGGUACACUUUUGUUGUACUUUAUAUAUACAUAAUCGUUGAAAUAAAACCUGCGGGUUCUAUAUAUGGUUUUUAACUGAAUUUUAUUUUCUCUUCUUCUAAUUGUGGGAAUGUGUGGGAAAAUCACGUGAUUUGAUUGGAUAUUGUAUUUAAUUGUAUUUUCGUUUUUUUUGUUUUAUCUUACCUUUUUCAUGUUGUUGGAUUGAUGAUAGUAUGAUCCACUGAUUUGACGGCUCUAUGGAUCACGGUGCCUUUGUUCUUUUUCC